UCUCGUGCAAAUAACUUGGUCUCCUCUUCUGCUAAGUUCAGCUUUCUUUUUGCCCUUGGUUACUUGUCUACUUCACUGGGACAUUUUAAGCAUUUGGAAAAGCUUUGGAAGGCUCAGAGUCUCACUCCUCAGGACUACAAUCUGAGAUGGUCAGGCCUGUUGGUGACAGUGGGUGAAGUGCUUGAGAAGAAUUUACUGAAUGUCAACAGGACUGAUUGGCAUGUGGUAUUCACUGGCAUGUCCCGUCGACAGAUGAUCUACAGUGCACCACCCAGGACUGUUUGA